UCAAUCCAUAUGAUUAAAUCUCUAUGAAAACGUGUUCUCAUCAAUUAUUUUGAUUAUAUUGUUUAAUUUUAAUUAGUGACUUAAUCAUGGCUGUCAUUGACAGUAAUUUUGUGGACCAGGUGUUAGGUCAAAUUGAGGAGAAGGAAAAAGAAGCUCUGAAAGAAGUGUUAAUUGAAAAAGAAUUGGUUGAUGUUGAUCUUGGCAAUUGUUUGUUGAUCGAUAACAAUCCAUUGGACGAAAUUAAUUUAAGAAAAAUUAAAGAAGAUUAUCUCCUGAAACUUGCCCAAACAAAUGGGCAAUACUUGCUUAAUAAACUGAGUGAAUUAGAUACUAUGAUUGUCGAUGGUUACAAUUUGAUCAAACUGCCUGUUGGAACAACACCACUUCCAAGGUCUAUGCCUGUUCCAAAACCAAAGGCACCGACAAAAUGGGAAACUUAUGCUAAAGACAAAGGUAUUCAAAAAAGAAAACGAGAGAAAAUGGUCUGGGAUGAUACCGAAAAAGUCUGGAAACCAAGAUAUGGUUACAAUAGAAUUAACAGUGAUAAGGACGACUGGAUUAUCGAAAUACCUCAGAAUAAAGAUGAAAACACUGACAUGUUCGCUGAAGUCAAAGAGGCCAAACGGGAAAGGGUGGCUAAAAAUGAAUUCCAACGUCUUAGGAAUAUCGCUCGAGCUAAUAAGAUUAAGGCUACUGGUUUAACUCCAGUGCUACCUAAAGAUGGUAAAGAACUUGAAACCAGAGAUGAAGUGAUGAAUGCUGCUGCAGUCGCUCGAGUGGCUACAGCAUCUUUAGGAAAAUUUGAUAAAAAAUUGAAAAAUGGAUUAGAUAAAAUUGAAACCAAAUUAGCAGCCAAAGCUGCUAGGGUAACCGGAAAGAAACGCAAAUUCGAGCCUAAUCUAGGAAAUAUGGAUGCUGAGAAAAAGAAAUAUUCUGAUAUACUUAGCAAAAUAGAUAAAGGAGAUAAGAUCGAUGGGACUAGAGCUCUUAACAUUAUAAAUCAAAAGAAAAUUAACUCUGCUGUAAAAAACGACGAUAAGAAAACUAAAGGAAAGGAUCGUAAAUCCAAGAAAGGUAAAAAGGCCGGAAAACGAGUCGCUUAUCAUAAUAAAUCACAACAAAGGAAAAAAUCAGCCACAGGUAGUGGAAGCGGCGGUAGUGCAGGACGAAAGGGAUCGUUUAAAGGGAAGAGCAAAGGUGGUAAAUCUAAAGGAAAAUAAGGCAAGAAGAGGAAAAUCUACAUCUAAUCUUUAAUUGUCUUUGAAAAUUUAAUUUAAUUCGAUACAGAACAUUGUUCAAAUUGUUACAUCUAUUUGUCCACUUAUUUGAUAUUCCAAUGUAUCAAUUAAUUUAAUCAAAUUGAAUUUACAAUCAUUUCAAAGCUGAAACUUUUUCACCUUGUUUUGAUGAUCAAAUCAAUUAGAUUGUGUUAUAUGUAUAUUAAAGUAAAUUAAAUUAAACCAAUUGCAAUCAAUGACAA